ACACUCUUCCUCACUCAAUUAACCCACUCAGACUCCCUCUUCCUCUCUCACUCUCUUUCAUGCUCUGCUCAUCCAAGAACCAGAGCAUGGAGCGUUACAUUGUUGCUGGCUGCUUCUUACUCUUCUCCAUUUUCGUUUUCGCAGAGGCGGGUUCAAUAGGAGUGAACUAUGGACGUAUUGCGAACGACCUACCUUCAGCAACCAAAGUGGUGCAGCUUGUGAAGUCUCAGGGCAUUGAACGGAUCAAAGUAUUCGACGCAGAUCCAGCUGUUCUCAGAGCUUUAUCCGGUUCCGGAAUCAAAGUCACCGUCGACUUACCCAAUGAGCUUCUCUUCGCCGCCGCCAACCGCGUGUCUUUCGCCAACUCUUGGGUACAGAAAAACAUCGCUGCUUACUAUCCAGGUACCCAAAUCGAAGCCAUUGCCGUGGGCAACGAAGUCUUCGUUGACCCUCACAACACCACCAAGUUUCUUGUACCUGCAAUGAAGAAUAUCCACCAAGCUCUUGUCAAGUAUAAUUUUCACUCUGCCAUUAAAGUCUCUUCACCAAUAGCUUUAAGUGCUUUACAGUCUUCUUACCCCUCUUCAGCUGGAUCUUUCCGAACCGAAUUAAUACAACCCGUUUUUAAGCCCAUGUUUGAUUUCCUUCGCGAAACUGGGUCAUUCCUCAUGGUCAAUGCGUACCCAUUUUUCGCCUAUGAGUCAAACUCUGACGUCAUCCCUUUAGAUUACGCUUUGUUUCGGGAGAACCCCGGUGUUGUGGAUGCAGGUAAUGGGUUACGUUAUUUUAGCCUCUUUGAUGCUCAAAUCGACGCCGUUUUUGCUGCAAUGUCGGCUCUUAAGUACGACGAUCUCAGAAUGGUUGUUACUGAAACGGGUUGGCCUUCAAAAGGAGAUGAAAAUGAAUUGGGUGCAAGUGUUGAGAACGCCGCCGCGUACAACGGUAAUCUUGUCCGUAGAAUCUUGACGGGUGGUGGGACCCCUUUGAGACCAAAGGCGGAUCUGACCGUUUAUCUCUUUGCUCUUUUUAACGAGAACAAGAAAAACGGUCCCACCUCGGAGAGAAAUUACGGGCUCUUUUAUCCAAGUAAGCAAAAGGUUUAUGACAUUCCAUUCACUUUGGAAGGGUUGAAGAAUUACCACGGCCAUCAGUCUCCAGUUACCGGUGGCCAACCAGUGGCGACGCCUGGCAACCGCGGAGGUGUGUCGAAGAGUACUACAGGGAACACUUGGUGUGUGGCAAAUGGUGAAGUGGGAAAAGAGAAACUGCAGGCAGCUUUAGAUUUUGCCUGCGGUGAGGGAAAAGCUGAUUGUCGUCCGAUCCAGCCGGGUUCAUCUUGUUAUGAUCCGAACACCUUGGAAGCCCAUGCAUCGUUUGCGUUCAACAGUUACUAUCAGAAGAUGUCGCGUGCGGGUGGUUCCUGUUAUUUUGGCGGUGCUGCCCACGUUGUUACUCAGCCACCUAAGUAUGGAGCUUGCGAGCUUCCAACUGGAUAUUGAGAAGGGAAGAGAGAUAUGCAGAAGGGUGAAGUGUUGUUAUCCUGAGAGGGAUUAGUACUAAUUUUAUUGUAGCUGGUUUUGGUUUUACUUCACAUAUUUUUGGGGUGUCGCUAAUCUGAUGUAUUUGUUCUAUUGAGUGGUUGGGGUUUGUUGAACAUUUAUUCUGACAUCCUUUUCUGUAAUUAUUUAAUCUAUAUAUAUUGCUUAAUGUUUACUCUUAA